AUGGGUGACGAUAAGUCAGUUGACGAGAAGCUGCCGAAAAGGCCGCUUGAAGACAACGUCGGUUGGGAAACAGGGCUACUGAUCGACGAUGUGGAAGAAGCCAAUAUCGAGCUAGAGGAACUUGAGCUCAGGCCCGCUGAGGUGCUGCUUGAUGUCGAAAGCAACGUAGCAGCAUUCGAGGUCGGGGCUGUGGAGGAAGAAUCGCUUAACAAGAGGCCGGAUGCAAUCUGCAUCGAUGAUAUACUUGAGGGAGAAGUCGACGACGAAGUCACAUCUAAAGUGCUUGAGCUUAAAGUUGACGUUGAAGAACCACUUGAGCUGCCCGUAGAAGUCGAGGAUGUGCUUGCGACGCUCGCGGUCGCGAAAGUGUUGGAAGAAUCGACGGAGCUUGAACUAGACAAUUCAGUUGUGCUUGUUGUUGAUGACGACGAUGGAGUCAAUGAUGUCGACAACAAAGACGCGGGAUCGACACUCAGGCCCGACGUGGAUGAAAUAACAGUAGAAGAGGCACUUGGAAGGUCACUCGAACUGCUCUGGAAGAGUUGGCUGGAGCCACUACUUGAGGUCGACGAAGAUAUUACUGUCGAUUCAGACGAGGACAGUAACAUUGAGCCUGAUGAGAGGGGCUCUGAGCUAGAUGAGGCCCUCGUUGAGGACACAUUUGUGGUCGGGAGUAAGGUAUCAUCUUCCGCUGUGUUGGCUGUACUUGACGAUAUGAUACUGGAGAUGCUGGAAGAUGGUCCUGAGGGGCUACUUGAGCUGAUACUUGAAGAAGGCGAGCUUGUCGAAGCGGCACUCGUGCUUGACAGCAAGGUAUUCGGCUCGACAGUAUCAGUCGUACUUGUAGAAGUGGUGCUGGUGCCAGUAAACGAAGUACUUAGGGAUGGCUCGAAGGUCGAAGAGCUUGAGAAUAUUGAGCUCGACAACCCCGGCGAGAGGUCAGUAGAUGUUGACGUGGAAGUCAAGGGUGCCGCAUUUGGAGUUUUGCACCGCCGCUCAGAGUAUUGGUCCCACUAUGGAGUAGUAGCAGGCUCAGAGGCGAAGCUGGAUGAAAGCACAGAGGAAGCUAAUGACGAUGAGGAGAAGGUCGAAGUGCUCAUCGACGAAGACUCUGAUUCAGAUGAGCUUGAAGAAGUCGCAUCCGGCGCGAUCGAAGACGAAGACGGGGAGUUUGGAUCUAUGGACGUGCUGAUCGAUGAUGGCUCCGAAGUAGGCAAUGAGGUCGAAGGAACGACUUCUGGCGCAGUCGGAGAGGUCGACGACGACGACAAAGAUAUUGACGAAGAGGUGCUUGUAGUGCUCGCUGACGAUGACUGUGACAGAGAAGUUGGGGAUUCUGCAGUGGUUGUCGCACUGGAUGACGUAGUGGUGAAAGAAGCAGAAUAUGGGAGUAAAUUGAAGCUUGAAAAUGUGAUUGUGAUCCCGGUGGUUGAGCUGACGGAGGAUGUCCAUAAGCUCGAGGAAGAUGAUUCCGAACUUGAAACCAAACUCGCUGGAUCAACUGAUGGGGGGCUCGAAGAUAGAGACAGCCCGGUCGAGGUUGAUGAUGAGGAAAGUGAUAAGCUAGACAAGGCCUCGACUGAGCUUUCGAAACUGGGUUCGGGUGAAGAGCUUCGAUCCGAAAUUGACGAGGAAAGGGAAGACGUCAAACCAGUAGUCGGUGAUUCGGUGGACGUCGUGACAAGACUAGCGGGUCCAAUCGUUGGAGAUAAGUAUGGAGACGUAAACGUGGUAACGGACGAGGAUGUAGAUGUUACGGAUGCGGCUUCAUCUGAGCUUGAUUGGGUAGUUGGAGAAGUUAAUAUGACAGUAGAAGUGCUGGUUGAUGAGGAUACGGAAGAUUCGUUGGAACUAGCGAUAGAGCUCGAUGGCGAUAGGGAACCACUCUCUGAAGAGCUUGAAGUUGUCGAACUUAAAAGUAGAGUUGCGGGAUCGACCGUGAAAGAAAAAGACUCAGAGCUACUCGUGGAUAUGCUAGCAGAGGAAAGUGUUGGUGUGGUUGCAAUUUCUUCAGAGCCUGCUUGCGAGCUCACUGAAGUUGAUUCAGUGACCGAAAUACUAAUUGUAACUGAAGAAGGAGAUUCCGUGGAGCUAAUAGUAGACGUAGCCGUAGAACUUGAAGACGACAGCAAGACACUCUCAGAGGUGCUUAAUGCACUUUCAGUCAAAGUGCUCUGCGAAGUUGGCAGUAGGCUAUCCGGGUUGAUUGUAAGGCUGGACGAAGCGGCUAUAGUGCUGGAAACAUCUGAAGAGGAGGAGGCAACAUUUGAUGUUGAGCUGACGGAAGUCGCAGUAAUGGUACUGGAUUUGGUGGGAGAACCAGAAGAAGUGUCCAAAAUGUCCAAAGCUGUAGAUGAAUUUACUUUCGCAGACGACUGUGGAAUUAACGAGGACGAUUCAAGUAUAUCCGUGGAACUCGAGCCUUGCUCUGUAGAUGGGCUUGAUGAUGUAGACAGCAGACUGUUCGGAUCAACCGUCACACUCAAAGACGAAAAGUCAGUCAAAGAGCUCUCAGACGUAGUGGCUGUGAUUUCCAGCGUUAGACUGAUUGAAGUUGACUGCGGCAAGGUCGAUGUUGGGGUUGGUGUCAAUGAAUCUGCUCCGUUGGCGGUCGAGGAACUGAUAUCCUCACUUGUUGGGAGGGUAGUUGAGGAAGCUAGCGUAUCAAGAUUGACGGUAACACUUGAAUUCGAAGUGAUGAAAUCAGAGCUCUCACUACUCAGGGUACUUGAAGAGUCCGCAGCUGACGAGGACGCGGUGCUGGUGAUGGACGAUAACGGAUCAGACGUAGCAGUUGAGCUUGAUGCAGAUGAAACCCCUGAUGAGCUGGUCAAUUCCAAUGUUGAGGAACUUGUCUCUGUGGCCGUAAUUGCAGAUACGAUAGACGUAGACAGUAAGGUGUUGAUCUCUGCUGUAUUCUGA